CGUCAUCGUGCAUUUACUUACUAUAAAACGACGGAUAGAAAAUUUGAAAUAUCACUUAUAAAUACCAUUGCGAACAUAAUUUUAUAAAACCACAUUAUAUGUGUUGCCGUUUGAAAUUUGAAAGUUUGAACACUACACACACUGAUAUUUCAUGAUGUCUACCUUUCCACCGAUGGUUAUUGGGGGAGUUGCUAUUACCACUUUAUCAUUCCUGCUGCAUAUAAUAGCAUUCUCAACAACAUAUUGGUAUACAUUUGGAGAUGUUAUUCAUAUGGGAUUAUGGAAAUCAUGUUACCAAUCAAAAGGUGUAGAAGCGUGUUCUUAUUAUACAGAAUUACCAGUAAGUGAUGCCCAUAUGAUAGCUGCCGAAGUUCUUGAAAGUCUGGCACUGGUAGCAUUUGUUGUAGCUGUGACAUGUGCUUUCCUUAAGAUUUUUGUACUCAAGGAAAAGGGAAAUAUGUUUGCUAUCACAGGUGUAUUUAACUUAAUUGCAGGUGGAUUUGCCUUGAUCGGAACAAUAGUAUUUGCAACAUACUCUUAUGGAAACAUAACGUUGGAUUCUUCAAAGUUCCACUAUUCCUUUGGGCUAUGUAUUGUAGGUGGAAUAGGAGGGAUUUUUGCAGGCAUUGUUUUCAUCUUAGCAUGGCGAUGGAUGAGGAACUAACGACGACAGCUGUCAUUGUGUUCAUCCUAGCAUGACAAUAUGUGAAAGA